GAGUUUGAUUUUUGUUCCUCUUCGUGAAUUAUGUUCCUAGUUUUCUCUCCGAGAAAGUGUUCAUGAAUGUAGUCUUGCUUCCUAAUUCCCCGUUUGUCUACUUCAAACGCGAGUAUUGUCUUGGUUGUAACCAAGGGAGAAGUAUUGUGGAGGAGAGUGUGGCUGGUGGUUAGACAGCACCAUGGGUCUGCUAACUAUUCUGAAGAAAAUGCGUCAGAAGGAGAAAGAAGUUCGUAUUCUCAUGCUCGGCCUUGACAACGCAGGAAAGACGACAAUUGUAAAGAAGUUCAACGGCGAAGAUAUUGAUAAGAUCUCUCCAACGCUAGGCUUCAACAUCAAAACCUUGGAGCAUAGAGGGUUCAAGUUGAAUGUUUGGGAUGUUGGCGGACAGAAGUCACUGCGAUCCUACUGGAGGAACUACUUUGAGAGCACGGAUGGUUUAGUGUGGGUUGUGGACAGUGCUGAUAGAAGACGGCUGGACGACUGUCGCACAGAGCUGCACGCGCUCCUGCAAGAGGAGCGCCUUGCGGGUGCAUCUCUGCUGGUGUUUGCCAACAAGCAAGAUCUUCCCGGUGCACUUUCAGCACGUGAGCUCAAAGAGAUUCUACAGCUCGAUGAAAUCAAGACACAUCACUGGAUUAUACAGUCAUGCAGUGCAGUUAAAGGUGACAAGCUACUUGAGGGCGUCGACUGGGUUGUAACAGACAUCGCGUCUCGUAUCUUCACCAUGGACUGAGCUCAGCCCAGUUCUAUGCACCAACAACCUUCACUGCAUGUAAGUAGUAUAAACCGUCCAGAGUACGGAUGUCUACAAGUGUUUACAUGUGUUUUGUGUGUACAUGUAUAUACUAUAUAGUCAGUGAUAAGUGCUAGUGCUGGCAUCAGUAGAGUUACUCUGGCUCAGUCACUUUGUUAUCAGAACUAUACAUACUCCCCCCCCCCCUUCAUUUGUGCUUGUCUCUGCAUUGUAGCAUAGAUUGUCUGCUUGUUCUGUUCUUUAUAAAAAAAACACUUAUAGAUAACAAUGCAAUGUUUAAUACGUACAUGUAUGAAGUAUGUACAAAAAUCUCACAGCAUGUUGCUUGAUCCAGCCUUCAAGGCCAGAAAACGUUAUCAUAUAAUAUCCGUACGAAAGACUUCACCUGGGUUUGAAAUUAUCUGUUCUACAUGUACUUGAUGACAAUCUGUGACUAAAAUUAUAUUUCGGCAAUUUGCUAUGUCUUGCACAAUGUUUUUACUUCAAAACUGUAUAUUAUUCUCUAGUCUUGUAGAAAUGCACAUGCUCAACUGAAUCAUAGUGUGUAGUUGUCAUCUCA